UAGGAAGCUGGUGCGCGGCGCCCGCGGCCGAUUCGGGCGCUCGGAGGAGGGCGACGCUGUAGCAGAGCCGCUGGGCGCCGGAGCCGAGCCGAGCUGAGGCGAGUGCCGUGCGCGCACCUGGUUGGAGCUGCUUUGGGUGAGCUACGAUCUCUAGCCAAGCAUGCUGUGGUCGGACCUGCCCAGCCGUGGAACAGAAACCUUUGCUGGUUGGAAAAUCCAUAAAAGAAAGGUCCUGUGAAAAGCAGACAGAUAACUUAAGCAUAAUCAGCUAACCAUCUCACUGCUUCCUGAGUACUUGGGAAUUACAGAGGCCCAUGCUGAUGUGCUGACUCUCGCUAUGGGCAGACGUUACCCGGAGGCUCACUGUCAUCCAGGCAGCUCAUAUUGCAAAUUAUAACCUAUUGCCUGCACCAUUGCGGACGUCCAGUGACCCAUGUCCGAAGUACUUUCAGCUGACUCAGGGAGUGAGACCUUGGCAGUGUUUAUGGCCAGCAGCGGAACCACAGAGGUCGCCACUCGAAACAGCCCAGCCACACCACCCAACACCCUUAAUCUCCGUUCUUCCCACAAUGAACUGUUGAAUGCUGAAAUCAAACACUCGGACACCAAGAACAACACCCCCCCCAAAUGCAGGAAAAAAUAUGCACUGACUAACAUCCAGACAGCCAUGGGCCUCUCCGAUCCUGCGGUGCAGCCCCUGCUGGGAAGCGGUUCUGCCAACAUCAAGCUGGUGAAAAAUGGGGAGAACCAGCUCCGGAAGGCUGCAGAACAGGGGCAGCAGGACCCCAACAAAAACGUGAGCCCCGCUGCAGCCAUCAACAUAACUUCUGAGAAGUUGGAGGGGAAGGAGCCCCACCCGCCUGAGCCCUCCAGCUGUGAGAUUUUACCCUCCCAACCCAGGAGAACGAAGAGCUUCCUCAACUACUAUGCAGACCUGGAGACCUCAGCCAGAGAACUGGAGCAGAGCCUGAGCGGUCACCAUGGGGUGGGGGAGGAGAAAGGCCAGCCAGGACAGGGCCAGCCCCCCACUGUCAUUGGGAAUGGUGACUUGCUGCUGCAGAAACCAAACAAACCCCAGUCCAGCCCAGAAGAUGGUCAAGUAGCCACAGUCUCCUCCAGCCCAGAGACCAAGAAGGAUCACCCUAAAACGGGGGCCAAAACCGAUUGUGCACUCCACCGGAUCCAGAACCUGGCCCCAAGUGAUGAGGAGUCCAGCUGGACGACUCUGUCCCAAGACAGUGCCUCCCCCAGCUCCCCGGAUGAAACAGAUAUCUGGAAUGAUCACUCCUUUCAGACAGAUCCAGACUUGCCGCCUGGCUGGAAAAGAGUGAACGACAUUGCUGGGACCUAUUACUGGCACAUCCCGACAGGAACAACUCAGUGGGAACGUCCUGUGUCCAUCCCAGAUCUUCAGGGUUCUAGGAAAGGGUCUCUUAGUUCUGUAACGCCAUCUCCCACUCCAGAGAACGAGAAACAGCCAUGGAGUGAUUUUGCUGUUCUGAAUGGGGGAAAGAUUAAUAGUGACAUUUGGAAGGACCUACACGCAGCUACAGUUAACCCAGACCCCAGUUUAAAGGAGUUUGAGGGAGCGACCCUACGCUAUGCAUCCUUGAAGCUCAGAAAUGUUCCUCAUGCUGAUGAUGAUGAUUCUUGUAGUGUCAACAGUGACCCAGAAGCCAAGUGUUUUGCUGUGCGCUCUCUAGGCUGGGUAGAAAUGGCGGAGGAGGACCUCGCCCCUGGGAAAAGCAGCGUGGCUGUCAACAACUGCAUCAGGCAGCUUUCUUACUGCAAAAACGACAUCCGAGAUACCGUGGGCAUUUGGGGAGAGGGCAAGGACAUGUACCUGAUCCUGGAGAAUGAUGUGCUCAGCCUGGUGGACCCCAUGGACCGCAGUGUCCUGCACUCCCAACCCAUCGUGAGCAUCCGUGUGUGGGGCGUGGGCCGCGACAAUGGCCGAGAGAGGGACUUUGCUUAUGUAGCAAGAGACAAAGAUACGAGAAUUUUGAAAUGUCAUGUAUUUCGAUGUGACACACCAGCCAAAGCCAUCGCCACGAGUCUUCACGAGAUUUGUUCCAAGAUUAUGGCCGAAAGGAAGAAUGCCAAAGCCCUGGCCUGCAGCUCCCUACAGGAGAGGACCAACGUGAACCUGGACGUCCCUUUGCAAGUAGAUUUCCCAACACCAAAGACUGAGCUGGUCCAGAAGUUCCACGUGCAGUACUUGGGCAUGUUACCUGUGGACAGACCAGUCGGCAUGGACACCCUGAAUAGUGCCAUAGAAAAUCUCAUGACCUCAUCUAACAAGGAAGAUUGGCCAUCGGUGAACAUGAAUGUGGCCGAUGCCACUGUGACAGUUACUGGUGAGAAGAAUGAAGAGGACGUGCUGGUGGAGUGCCGGGUGCGGUUCCUGUCCUUCAUGGGAGUCGGGAAGGACGUCCAUACGUUUGCCUUCAUCAUGGAUGCUGGGAACCAGUGCUUCGAGUGUCACGUGUUCUGGUGCGAGCCCAAUGCCGCUAAUGUGUCAGAGGCCGUCCAGGCCGCCUGCAUGUUACGCUAUCAGAAGUGCUUGGUAGCCAGGCCACCUUCCCAAAAAGUGCGGCCGCCUCCUCCGCCAGCAGACUCAGUGACCAGAAGAGUCACAACCAAUGUAAAACGAGGGGUGCUGUCCCUCAUUGACACUCUCAAACAGAAACGUCCUGUCACAGAAACGCCGUAGCUGCUACCUUAAAGGAUUCAUCAUCAUGACCUGAGGGAAAUAGCUCCACUAAAGGAAAGGAACAAACCCCGGCCUUCCAUCCAGCGGCUGAUGCUGUGUCUCCAGAGAAUUCAUCCUUCACCAGUGUUAGACAAGCAUGUUCUCUCGUCUUGCCACCAUCACAUGAUAGGAAAAGAAGCAUGAGUAAUUUUAUUUGCAGUCAGUCAGUUACAUCAUGAGCAGUGGAAGGUCUUUUUCUUAUUGUAAAUAUGGUGAGUUUGACCUCGUGCACACACAGAGAAGAAUGUGCCACGCCCCUCCUAGUGAACCGACGCUGCGUCCUCAAGAGCGAGCAAAGCCUGGGCUCUUCUCACUGUCCUCACUGGAUGUCAAAAGCCACCUCUGAGUUGCACAACACUAACAGUGUUUCCAGCCCUGGAAACACUGGGACACUGAGUCUCAGAUUACCAUGAAUUGCUGUAUAAACAGGAUAUAUUGGGAUUUUAGCUUUUCAUAAAAUUGAACCUGUUGGUUGACAAAAAUUGGCUGUUGGCAUCAGUAUGAAAGCAGCUGGCAGCUUUCCUCCUCCAUGAGCGCUUUGACACAGGGACCCUGUUGCAUGUCUACAGCUGUCUGGGGUGGGGGUGGGGGGCAGUGUUAGAAAAAAAAAGUGAACCUUUCAAAAUGAUUUCAAAAGAACUAAAUUUGAUGAAUUAAAAUCAAGCAAAAAAACAUAGCCUUUCUCUUCAGAUGGUUUUCAAACCGAUUAUUUUACAGAGAAACUAACAAGAUCAUGCAUUUUGGGGGGAUGGGACAUGUUUCAAACUCUGCCUUACAUUGUACAAUGCAGCUAGAGAAAUUCUAGAUUGUUCUAGAUUGUUCACUAUGGCCAUUCUCUAUCCAAACACAAAAAGGAAAUACUCCUCAUAAACCUUUCAUCCUUAGUUGGGUAACUAGCCAAUAUGCAAUUUGGAGUUGAGGAAACACCCCUCAUAUCUCUGUCAUACACCAUUAUUUUAGGUUUUCACAAACACGUGGUUUGUGUUAGUGUGCAGCCUAGCAGUGGUCCUGCCAGAACUGUGCUUCUAGCCUAAGUUUCUCUAGUGCUUUUCUGUCCAGAGAGCUGUCUGCCCAUCAUGUAUUGUCCAUGGCAACUGGUUACCUUUAAGUUGAUCCUUUCUCAGAUUUCUGUACUUAAUAUUAGAGCUUGUUGGACUUAACUAACUACACUGUAUUGUUUUUCCAUUUUACUUUCAAGACUUACAAGUUUUCAUACCAGAGAAAAAUAUACCUAGGAAUAACGGACUACUUAACAGUUUCUCUCAAAUGCCAUUUUCCUGCUUCUUUUCAUGUAGAUAACUUACUACACGGUGCACAAAUUUAGACUCUAGUUGACAUUGUUGUCUUAAGAAGUUACUAAGGAGAUCGAUCCUAAUAUUAGUUUUGCUUUUUCCUGUCAAAAUUAACGUUUACAACAUCCAGUUCUGAAAGUAGUGCUUUACGUUUCACACUGCUGUGUAUUUGUCAGAAUGCUUUCCACAUUCUUUCCACAUUUGAGCCUUACAGGGUAGGAAAGGUACCAAAUACAUGGGAGCACUCAAAAUAUAAAGUACCAGAAGGUUCAGUCCGCUGGCCCAGAUCUCACCAAAGCUCAUUAGAGAGGCAGAACUCGGACCCACAAUUCCCAGCUCUUGCUGUGUGGUGCCGCCUCCAGUCAGUCAGGAAUAUCCUUUCCAAACGCCUGCACACAUGCCAGGAAGAACACAUGUGGACACACAGUCAGGCCAUCUCAGAGUUCCCUCCAUGGGUCUGUUCUGCAGUGAAUCAUACACCGCGUGAAUCCUACACACCCCAUCCAGUCCAAGUCCAGAACCGUAUGCUGCAGUGUGCCUCAGAGGUGCUACAGAGGACAGAUAUCUGCACCCAGUAGCCUGUCCCAACCUGUGGGGUUGUCUGAGAUGAUGCUGGUUGUGGUAGAGAUUUUCCUGACACAUGGCCCUUUGCCGCCAGUCAAUGCAACGGGAUGAGUGGCAGGCCUUCUGCUUGUUGCGCUGGAAGGGUUUUCUGGCGAUCCAAUGUCAUGACAAAAAUGAUGUUCCUUUUGAAAUCCCAUACUUCCAUGUAACUGUAACCCCUCUGUACAGCAUCUUUACAAUAAAAUAAAAAUUUUUAAAAAUCCAAUACUUCACAGCAACUCGCAUAGUACUCUAUGCAGAGUGGCCUGUGACAUGAUGAGAAGUUACUGCGUCAUGAAAGCCUGUGAAAAGCUAUUAAAAAUUCAGUGACCGCGAUCCUCCAGAUCUCCACAGUGACACGCUGUAGUGUGAUUAAGACUUCAAAACUGAACAAGGAAUCCACUUUGCUGCAGGAAAUCUCUACCAGAACCCCAUUCAUUUUUUUAAGACAUACAUUUGUUUGUUUGUUUUCAGGAUCAAGGAUACUGAUCUAGCUUUAAGUAGCAAACUAAUUUAUAUAUGCAAUUUUAGGAUGCAGUAAGAUGAAUGAUAGCCUUUACAUAUUAGGAACUUUACUGCAGAUUUGUUUUGGAAAAUAGCUUUGCAUACUAAAUGCAGGUUAAUUUUGUAAAAUUCAUUAUGUUAAACAGUAUGUUCAGAUACUUUCUGCCAUGGCCAAAAAAGUAAGUGUGAAAGUGUGUAUGUGUAUAUGUGUGUGUGUGUGUGUGUUUGUGAAAGGAUGCCAGUGUUUUACUUGAGCUCUUAGUGACCCUUCAGUUAUCUAUGCAUUCUUUAUAUCUGUGAUUCGGUAAACAGGCAGCCAUGUUCUCUUUGCCUUGUAUGUCCUCUCAUUUGUUAAUUAACUUGUUAAAUACAGCUUAAGAUAUUUUUAUUUUAUUUAUUCUAUUUUUACUGAAAUAUACUGCAUUGUUGUGUUAAUGUAAUUAUUAUCUCUACUGAGAAUUACUGUCACAGUGUAUCCAAAUCUAAGUAAUCUCAGUGAACUAUAUGUUGCCUAAAUGGUGGUUUUGUAAUGCUUUGUAGUCACGUUUCUAUUUGAAUAUGUAGAAGAAAAGGCAAAAUGCUUCUUCCAGGUCCUUUUAUUUUUUAAAAGCCACUAGCUAGACAUAGUCGUGCUGCCUCAUCUAAGUGCUUCUUGGCAGCACCAAGCCAACAGUCCUGUGGCUGAGAACUCUCCAGACUAAGCACUGUGCGGUGCUGAUUUUUUAUAUCCUUCACAACCUCUGUGAUACCAUCUUGCUUUCCACCCAUAGCUAACUGGAGCCAUUGUUUUUGUUUGUCUGACUGCAUGCAGGAACAUUAGACCCACUGCCAUUAAAACAAGUUCUUGGUGAUAAAUUCUUGGCACUGCUUUUUUUUUUUUUUAAUCCGCUUGUAAGAAUAUUCUGCACAAAGCCAUCACUAGCACCCCCAAAACUUCCUUUACCUGUACACACACUUGUAAGCAUCACAACCCAAGAUUUCAUGAGCCCUAGGAAAAACAUUUCCCCGUUACUGGCACAACUUAAUAAAGCACGCUAGUGGACCAGGCUUCACCUCGUACACAGCUAACGUAGGUGUUCCUGGCCAGGAAAGCCAUCACACCGCCACCCAGUGGUCCUAGUGGCCACUGCAGCUGUCCGACGCUUCCUUUUCUUUUCCCCAUCUUACUGUUGAUCACUUUUACACAUUUCAAUGUAACAUGUUGUGAAAAUAAAUUUGGCUUCAUAAAA